AUGGCUGACUAUGCUAACUACUAUAAAACAGCUUCGCAAGUAUUUGAAAGGACUUGCGCCGAAUAUGAUGAUGCUCGCAAAGCUAUAGAGGAUGGUCAAGAGCAGAUACGUCGUGAAGAAAUGCGCAAAGCUGCACUCCGUAGCGAACAAGAUGCUAGGAAAAGGAAGGAAAAUGCGCUUUUGGCUGAGUACAAUUCAAAAAAUACUGUUCUCACCGAGCUAAUCAAGCAAUCACAAGCAAACGAAGCGAAAAGAGACGCGCUGUUGGCGUCAAUACAAGCGACAAAAGAAGAAAAGGUACGAUUUUUGAGAAUUUUACCCACGUAUGAGUUCUCAAAAGUAUGCUAUGGUUUUAUUGUUUGUUUUGUGUUAUAUGCACUGCUUAUCCCUUCAUCUUUUGCCACAUGUUUGUUCUCAGAUUUUGUUGAUGUUUUAACUGAAGCUCUUGCUGUAACAGUAAAUUCUUUGCAAAAGGGCGCCAUUUCGAUUUUCGGGUAUGCGAGGGGAGGUUAUGGGACACAUCCAUCACAUUACACGGCGUUUUUCCUUGAGUCAGGUGCCAAGCCUGUCUAUUCAUCUUCACAAAUUUGUUGGUGUACAAUUUAUAGUCAGUCAUUAUCGUAUCGCCCGCAAUAUUUCUUAAAUUCGGCGCUAUAAAA